UAUAAAAAUACAAAUAGAGAAAUGGAGAGACUGCGCGCCAGCCAGGAGCAAUUUUCUGCUCUUAUAGAAUUCAUGGAAAGGUAUGGUGACCUCUCUCGACCACAGCGGGGACCUCAGGGUCGACUAAAAGCCGACCAAAUGUGGGCAAGGCUCACAUUAUUACUUAAUUCAGUUGGUGGUGGGGUUCACAAAUCACAAGAGAAGUGGAAGAAAGUCUGGGCAGAUUGGAAGACUAAAACAAAAAAAAAGAAAAUGUUGAUUUCCAACCACACAAAUGGUACUGGUGGUGGUCCAAGCAGCAGGCUGUCUCUAACAGUUUUGGAAGACCGAGUCUGUGCCAUACUGGGAGAGACUGCUGUUCUUGGUCAAGCUGGCAUACAAGAGCAUGGCUUUAAUGCGCCACCAGUACCAAGGGAAGAACCCAUUCCUGAAGAUGUGGAAAUUGAAAUUCCUGUAGGCUUAGAGAAUUUUAAUUAUAAUACAAGUGUUCCAACAUUGCCAGCAUCACCGCUACUGCUAGACCCACAGCCCUCACCACCACCACCACCAGUACGUCCGCCGCCCCCUCUACCGCGUUCUCCUCCGCGUCCCACUGGUCGACGGUCAUCGGCGUCACCGCGAUCUGCGACUGCCUCGCCGCGACAUGGGAUGCAGAGAGCUCGCAGGAAUCGCGGCUUAACGCCAUUUGACCGGGCCGCUACAGAAUUUGUGGCGGUUGAACAACGACGCCUUGCACUGGAGGAGACGCGAGAGAAGCUUUCCCAUGAGCGAGAAAGGGAAAGGGAAAAGCUUCUCCAUGAACGUGAGAGGGAGCGUGAGGAACUUUUCCACCAAAGAGAAAUGGAGCGACUGCGGCUGGAGUCGCUAAAGGUUGAGGCAAAUCGCGAGCAAACUAGGGUGAUGCAGCAAAUAGCUGUUAUCGGGCAAAGGUUGCUCGAGAUAUUGCCUCAAGGGCCCGCAUCUUAAUUUUUUUUUUCAUAGGGUUUUAAGUGUAUUAUUUAGUGCCUUUCUUUUUAUUUUUUUUAAGUGCUUGUUUUAGAUUUUAAUAUUUUAAUUUAAUAGUUUAAGUACAGUAUUUUCU